CAAAAAUUCGGAAAAAAAAUUCAAAACCCAUUGGGAUUUUUUGGAAAACAAAUUCACUAUGCGGUGAAUUGUGAAUUGUGACAGGUCCUGGUCCACCCGAUGAAAGCAUGCCGAUAUGUCGUCACCACCAGCGUUUGAAGCAUCUCAGCCUGCGUCACCAGCGUAAGCACCAGCACACGCACCAUCAAAACAAUCCCCAACACUACCAUACCCAUCAUCAUCACCAGCUGCCCACGGAUUUAAAGGGUAAAUGCAACAACAACACCACAACAAAUGCAACGCAUGCCGCAGUUGCAACAACAACCUCCUCCUCUGCCUCUGCCUACGCCUCUGCCUCUGCCACAACAUCUGCUAGAGCAAGUGCAUCCCUGCAUCCUCCAUGUCAUGGCAGUUUGAAUAAUUUAUGCUCCUCCUCCGCGACAACACAAGAUGAAUUUGAUUUUGUGAUACCGCCUGGUUGUGCCUGCGAUGAAUGCUACGUUUAUGCGCCUACAUCAUUGCCUAGUGCCAGUGCCACAUGCAGCACGCUUGUGGCAGAUGAAUGUUACUCGCAGACAGCUGCCUCAAUGCUGAAUGCCGUCUCCACGGUGACGGCCAUAGCCAUGAAUAACAUUAAUAGCAGCACAAAUGCGCAGAAAACUAAAAGUGCUGCUGAAAUCACCGCUGAAAGUGCUGCAAGUGUCGCUGAAAUCACCGCUGAAAAUGCUGCAGCUGCUGCAAAAAGCUCCGCCUCAACAUUAUGCUCGUCGGCUUAUUUCUCGACAUCGGCGCCAACAGCCAGCAGCAGUUCGGUGCAAAGCAUGUCGCGCUCUAACAGCAAAAAGCUGAAUAACAACACUUGCAGCAUCAACAACAACAACAGCCACAAUAACAAUCACAACAACAAGCUGAGCUUUCGUAGCAGCUGUAGCAGUCACUUGAGUCAAUUCCAAUCGCCACCGCUAUCACCGCAACAACAAAAGCAACAACAGUCGCCAAAACAACAUUUGCAACAACUACAGCUGGGGUCAGUGAUGAAUUCAGGUGGCGGUGGUGCUGGUGAAUUCACCAGCUCACCGCCAUUGCAAUCGCCAACGGAAAAGUCCUGUGACACGGACUUGGAUGAUGAACUGGACGAUGAUCCAAAGAGUCCACAUAGCGCAUCAUCGUUGUCGGAAACAUUCGAUUGGUGGUUUAAUAAACCGAAGCGUAACUCUAAGAAGUGCAGAUCGUCUCCAGUGAGUAGUUGUUGUGGCAGUAGUAGUACCCAGGGCCGUUCCAGUCCCGACACGGAUAUUGCGGAGCCGCCCGAGUUUCCGCUGAGUCCAGGUUAGCAUUAGCCUGGCCUAUACCAUAUAUACUUAUCUAAUCCUACCUAAAAAAAAAAAAGUAUAUUGGCCCACUUGGACGUUGCUCUCUGUCUCUCUCUCUCUCUCUUAUUGUAAACUAUUUUUCAAAAACCUUUGCUUUUCCGUUCCGUUACACUUUCAUUUUCUUAAUUUUUCUACUUAUUAUUAUUUUUCGUUAGUGAAUCACUUGAUGUACUUUUCCACAGCAAUUUCCACGUUACCAAUGUAUAUCCCAAAUGGAAGUGCUUCUUUUGAUUGAAACGUGUUGGAUUGGUUAACUGUUAUACGGUUUAAGUGUUAUACAUACGUGUACACCUUAACUACAGUUUGUUAUACCAAUUCCAAGUCUUUGUCUUAAGUAUUAUUUAGUAUAAUUUUGAUCUCUACUGUUAUCUAUUAUUGUUAUUCUAUUAUCUAUUCUAUUUUGCAGUUUCAGUUCACACGAGCACACAUCCAUACAUAUAUUUAAAUGAUAUGUGUGCUCCUUUAUUGAUUUCUAUUCUCAACUUAUAAAUACACCAAAUUAUUUGUAACAGUGUAAAAGCGAAUAUGUUGUUUUUUCAGUGUACUGCUCACCAAAUGUUGUUCUGCUGCGAUAUAAAUCACGAUUAACGCCGAUUUCCACUAUGCUAAAUACGCUAAAUAAAACAAUACACACACA